AUGGAAUCAGGGCCAUACGGCGAAGCCGAUGCCCAGUCGGACGACAUAGACAGUGUUUAUAAAAUCGGUAUAAGUGUAGCAGGAAUGGGCCACGUGACUAGCCAGUGUAAAGGUAAAGCGAGGUGCAGCUAUUGUGCACAAGAACACAGUUUCAAGGAUUGUGUAAAUAAAGAUAAGAAUCCGAUUUGUGCGUUAUGCAAUGGGGAGCAUCAAGCUAUAGAUAAAAAGUGCGAAAAAUAUUUGUUUCAUAUGAAAAUUAAAAAUAUAAUGAACGAAAAUAACAUAAGUUUCAGAGAAGCCAGGGCAUUUAUAAACAAUAGAACAUAUGCCAACGUCAUAAAUCCGGACAUAGAAAUCAGAAACAAAGUGAAAUUUCCUGAAUUGCCCAAUACGCAGCAGGAAAAACAUGCAGAAAUAAAUCAACAGCUUGUAACCACGAAGCCUUCAACAACAAUAUCUAAACAGACAUAUAGGAAUAGCAAUUCCAUAAACGUAACAAAUUACGGUGACAACAACAAAACAAUCGAAAAUAUGUCCAGUACACAGGAGCGAAACAGAUCUGUUACAGCUAAUAAGGCCAGUAUUGAACAUUUCCUUUAUGAAAAUGAAAUUUCAAUCGCGGCUUUCACUGAAACAUGGUUUAAACCGGAAUAUCAAUACUCUUUCAGAGGAUAUCGAAUGUUUCGCAAAGACAGGGAAGAUGGAUAUGGAGGAGCAGCAAUCAUUGUUAGAAAUGACAUAAAUUGUGAGGAAUUUCCUUCAGUCAACAAUAAUGAGAAUAUACAAAUAUGCGCCGCCAUAAUUAAAACAGAUACUCCAUUUUGCAUUCUCUCAGUAUAUUGCUCUACUAGAACAGAAUUAGAUUUUUCAGAUAUCAAGGACACUAUCUCAACAAUCAACAUGAGCUUUUUAAUUACUGGCGAUUUUAAUUGUCAUCAUAUGGCAUGGGGAAGCAAAUACAAUAGCAGGGAAGGUAAUAUGUUAUAUGAAAUCAUAGAGGACAACGCAAUACUAAUUCUUAAUGACGGACGUCCAACUACAGUAGCAAAUAAAUACAGGAGUGCUACGAACAUAGAUCUAACACUGUGCUCAGGAAAUUUUAUAGAUACUAUUAAAUGGGAUGUAUGCCAAGAGGUAUUGGGAUCGGAUCAUUUGCCUAUAACAAUAACUUUGGAGAUAAAGGUGCCUUUGGUCAUAAGAACGCGCCCUACAAAAAAGUGGAAUAUAAAAUUUGCUAACUGGCAGGGAUACUCCCGAGAUAUUAUGCAAUAUAUCCAAACAGGACAAAUCUCAGACGAUAUAACAGCGAGAUAUAAACGUAUCAUACAGAUUACCGAAAAAUCUGCAGAGAAAAAUAUAAAACAAUAUAAAGAAAUUAAGAGACCGAUUUUUAAGCCAGCGAUAUGGUGGGAUCAAGAUUGCGAAAAAGCCAUUUCAGAUCGAAGAACAACAUAUAAAAAGAUGCGUCAGCAUUACUUUGUUUCGGACAAUCGUAAAGAAAAUAUAGGAGUAUAUUGUGAAGAAAGCGCACUGACAAGGAAUUUCAAAUUAGAGGAAUUAGAGGAUGCAUUAAAAAAGAGGAAAAAUACGGCUCCUGGAUAUGACAAUAUACCGUAUACGAUGAUAAAAAAUUGGCCUACGGAAAUGAAAAUUGAAUUACUAACUGUAUUCAACCAAAUCAUAGCAAAUAAUUGGAUUCCCGAAGAGUGGAGGAAAAUUAUAAUAGUUCCAUGUAUGAAGCCACACAGAAGACCCUUGGAAAUAGACUCAUAUCGACCCAUUUCCUUAAUAUCAUGCAUCGCUAAAACUUUUGAAAGAAUUGUAAAAGAGAGAAUAGAUAGAUAUAUUGAAAAUAAAGAAGUUUUAAAUAAUUCUAUGUUUGGUUUCCGGAGAGGGAAAAGUACGUUGGACUUACUGAGCAAAUUAACAAAUGAUAUACAUAUAUCCAAUUCGUAUAAUCAAUAUAUGUUGGUAAUCUCGAUGGACAUAGAAAAGGCACAAUUAUAUAUUCGAACCGACUCAGGUCUAAUUGGCCCUAGAGUUAUGAACAAAGGUCUCACUCAGGGUUCAAUAUUGAGCCCCAUCUUGUUUAAUAUAUACAUGGCAGAUUUUAAAGUAGUAACAGAACCGAAUGUUAAAAAAUUGCAAUAUGCAGACGACAUUUAUCUGUAUGUAUCUUGUCCAACUAUGGAUAGAUGUAUUUCAUCGAUGAGCAAUGCUAUCGAGGAGAGCAGAAGAUGGUUAUUGGACAAUAACCUGAAUUUAUCACAGGAUAAGUUUUCUGCAGCUAUCUUUACCAGACACAGAAAAGAACAUACUAGGAGACAAAUAAGGAUAGGAUGUCAGGAGAUACAAAUAAAAGAAAAUAUUAAAGUUCUGGGCAUCAAUUUGGAUAAGAAAAUGAAUUUUAAAAAGCAUUUGGACAGGAUUCAAUACUCGGCGAUAAGAACAUGUUUGGGGGCAUUUCGAUCAACUCCAACGAAUGCAUUAAUAGCUGAAGCAGGUGAACCUCCACUAAGCAUUAGAAAGCAGAUCCUAUCAAAUAGAUUCUUAAUAAAAAAAUAUAAUGGAGCAUGUGAUGAUAUACCGAAACAAUUAGAAGUAUUAGCGAGGCUACAUUUUACCAAUAUAUAUUGGAGAAAUAGACCAAUCCCACCCUUGAUAAAUAGCUUUUAUGAGCUGAAACCAUACGAAGAGGAUGUAAUAAUGAAUAAAAAGUUGCCAAUUUAUCAUCUUACGAAUGAAUACACAUCAACAAAAUAUUGCAUAGUAAUGGAUAUGGAUUUAACUCACUUGACACAUUUGAAUGAUACCGCAAAAAAUAAAGAAUUUCAAAAUAAUGUGGCUAGAAGAUGGCCAGGAUAUGUACACAUUUACACAGACGGAUCUAAAGCAGGGUACAGUUGUGGUUGCGCUAUAUUUGUGCCAUAUCACAAUUUUAGUAAGAGAAUUAAGCUACCAAAUUAUGCGUCUAAUUACACAGCAGAAAUGGUGGCUAUAUACUGUGCUGUAAAUUAUGCGUGGGAGAAAAACAUCACGAAAACAAUUAUAUUUAGUGACAGCAAAGCAUGUAUAUCAGCGAUAGCGAACCCAAAUAGAAGAUCAAAUAACAUGAUAAUAGAAAUUAUAAAUAAAAUGAAUGCAAUAAAUAAUGGCAUAAAUUCUUUAAUAUUGACGUGGAUCAGGGGACAUUCAGGUAUCACAGGAAAUGAGAUUGCUGAUACUCUUGCAAAAGAAGCUGGUCAAAUUGGAGUACAAUGUGAAAAAAUACCUGCGUUGGAGCUGAAAAAUUUAAUCAAAGAGCGGAGCAUAGAUGUGUGGCAAAAAGACUUCUCAACGUCAACAAAAAGCAAGGGUAUAAUUUAUGCCCUGUCAAAAGAAAAGGUAUCUCAAACAACCUGGUUCAAAAAUGAUACAAGCAGUAGGAAAUUCGUAUCAACAAUUACAAGAUUAAGGCUGGGGCAUACAAUGUGCAAGAUUCAUCUCUGGAGGUUAGGAAUAAUCCAAGAUUAUAUAUGCCAAUGUGGUGACGAACCGGAGACAAUAGAUCAUAUGUUCUGGGAAUGCAGAAUGUAUGAGAAUCCAAGAAGAAAUAUGUAUCAGAAACUGCAAAAAAAAAAUAUUAUAUUUCCAGUAAACACACAAGGAACUCUCAUCAGCAAUUGCUUAUAG